UUCUUAUUUCCAUUUUUCAUUUUUCAUUUUUCAUUUUUCAUUUUCAUUUUAUUUUAUUUAUUUAUUUUUUUUUUAUUCCCGUUUUCCUUAUUUUUCGUUAUUGCGAUAUAACGUACGAUCGAGAUAGCAACGCGGCAAAAAAAAAAAGGAGAGGGUAGUUUAAAAGAGAAGGAGAAAAGAAAGCGAACGUUUUUAAGUAACUGUGAUUUAUUGAAAUGUUUUAUAUUAUACACAUAUAAAUAUAUAUAGAUUAUAUAUUGUAGAGAGAGAGAAAGAGAGAGAGAGAGAGAGAGAGAGCGAGAGAGAGAUAGAGAGAGAGAGAGAGACGAGGAAAAAAUGAGGAAAACCAGUAAAUGCGAGAGAGUAAGACAGUAAUAGAGUGAGAGAGAGUGAGAGAGAGAGAGAGAGAGAGAAAGAAAGAGAAAUAAUAUGAAUUAAUUUUUAUGCAUAAUAUUAGACAAUGUUUCUUGGUGUCGCUGUAAUUUAUACGGAAGCGUAGAAAUUUUCUAGAUUUACAUAUCGAUAGCAUUAGCAGAGAGCGUCUAUAUUAUUACUAUUAUUAUUAAUAUUAUAUUAUUAUCACUAAUUGAUCAUUAUUAUGAUUUGGAUUUUUUGUUAUACCGUUAAUUGAUAUUAUCGAGAUAAAAAGAAAAAAGGCGUAGGAAAACGCAAACCGUUCGUUCCAGAAUUGUUAAUAGCUUGUAACGAGGAGUUCGUUAUGUUUUUUUUUCUUUUUUUUUUGAAUUAAUAUUAUUAAUAUUAUUUUAUUAUUAUUAUUAUUAUUAUUAUUAUUAUUAUUAUUAUUAUUAUUAUUAUUAUUAUUAUUAUUAUAAUAUUAUACGAAAGAUAUUCGUAGACGCAUGUUGUGUCGUAGAAGGGGAGAACUAACGAAAAAAUUUAUUUGUUUCUUUAUUACUUUUUUUUCUUUUUUUUUUUUUUCUGUGUCUUUUUUUUCUCUAAUACUACAAACACGCCAACCUCUCGCGAGGUGUUCCUAUAUACAAUAUACCUACCGUAUACAUAUGUACUGCACUUUAUGUCGAGCGCUUUUCAUAGAUAUUAUUUCGUCGUCGUUAGCGAUACGUAGAAAUUUGUUAUUUUUAUUUUUUUCGACUAAGUUUAUUCAAUUGCAUUCGAACGUGUUUUACGACCUAGUCGUCAUAUUCGUUAUCGUUCUGGUGAUAUGUACUUAAAAAAAAAAAAAAAAAAGGAAAAAAAAGAAAAAAAAAGAAGAAAACAAAAGAAAAAGGAAAAAAAAAAUAAUAUGUUAUAUUUUUGCUUCUCCUAUUUCGCAGACGGUCGAUUUGCUUGUCGAUUUGAAUAGAACGAAAUUGUUUCUUUUUUUUUUUUUUUUUUUUAUUUUGUUUCACUUUUCAUAAUCAGGAGUCGCUCGACGAAAGUGUAAGACUGUCCUGAUAGUACGUGUUCAUUUUUUUAGACUCCACAACGAGUAUGUGGAGAAUGCGAGGCGUAUAUAGAUGUAUGUAUCUACGAUAUAUACAAUAAUAUUAUGAUUCCGAGAUCAACGAUGGGUCUUAUAACCAUGAGAUAUGCGAACUGUUUGUUAGUAAAUAACAAGAAGAAUGGGAGGAAAGAAAACAAAAAAAAAAAAUUAAAAUAAAAUAUUAAGAAACGAGAAAUAAGUAAGGGGAAAAACAUUUGUGAAGGAAGAAAAAGAAGAAGAAGAAGAAGAAAAAGUGGAAGGAAAAUAAUUAAAUAAAUAAAUAAAUAAGAAGAUGGAGAUAUUUGUACUACAUGUAUGUGGUGUAUGCUGCUAAAGUGAAAUUUUUUAAAAAAGCGAAUUGUCAUCUUUCGUGUUACAUUAAGAAAUAGGAAUGGAAAGAAAUUAAGAAUGAAAAACAUAUGCAUACGUGUAAUAAAUGAAAUUUUGUUAUAUCGGAAAUCGAUGUGAAAUGGUAAAUGGAAUUAACGACGAGAAGGAAUAGAGAGAGAGAGAGAGAGAGAGAGAGAGAGAGAGAGAGAGAGAGAAGAAAAUAUCUAAAAUUUAUUCGCUUAUUUCGUUUCUCGACGAUCGAGUCUCGCUCGUCGCACCAGUGUCUACGGUUACAAUAAUAUGCGCGGUCGAAGGGUCGCCACGGAGUCGAGCUUGCGCGGAACGCGUUUCGUCCGCACUCCACCCGCCUCUCCGCAAAGAAGGAAGGAAGGAAGGAAGGAAGGAGGAUCAGCAAAAAACCCGGAGCCUUCUCUUGAGCGUUUCGCGGACGGACGUAUUAUUCGCACGUUCGGAGCCUCGAAUGAGAAUCGUCCUUCUUUUCUUUUCUUUUCUUUUCUUUUUUUUUCUUCUUGUAAAUACUUAACUUCUUGUUUACAACGAGCGUGUACGUAAACGUCGUACUAUCAUAAAGAUCUUUCGCGAAUAUCUUUUUAUCGGAGACAAAUCUUUUUUCAUUGCUGUCUUCGCGUUUAAUUAAAACAAAAGCGACGGUAAAAUUAAAAAUAAAAAAAGGGUUGAAAUAUUAUAAUAGCUAGAGGAAGCUGGAGAUAAAAAUUGUUGAUAAUUGUGAACAAAGACGAUGGGCCAUCGUCGACAGGUAAAUUAUGAUACACGUGUCAGCAGAAAACGCGCACCGAUACGACCGUGUAAAGCGCAAGGGUACCGCCUUCCUAACGAGCCUCUUUAAAUCAAGGAAGCUCAAUUUAGGGAUGAAGAUCAACGAGGACGAAGAAAUGGAACGUUCUCCUAGGAUCGAGUCACCUGCCAUUAUCGCAAACACGUGCCGCCGAGGGGGAAACGAGAACGACAAUGCCGUGUCGAGGAUUCCGUCGACCUUGAGCGUCACUGCCGUCGACGUCGACGUUGCUUGUCAGCCCUCACCGUCACACUCUUUUUUGACCUCGACACCAGGUAGAACGCGAAACAUCGAUCAGGAUAUGGAAGCAAUCAGGCUCAGCCGUCAAGACAAUCCAUAUCUUCAGGUAUUGGCAAGUCGCGAAAGUCUCGUCGAAUCGAUUGGAGAAUCGGAAUCGGACGAUGCGAAUCUUAUGUCCCAGGAGCUGUGCGACACGGACCCUUUAACACUAGCCCAAGUACACGAGCACCUAGUGCGUAGUCCACCCCCAGCUUCUUGGCCACACUCGACGGCGUUCGAUUUUUCCCGACAUAAUCAAAAUUGUGGAACACAUAGGGGAAACGAGCAAGAACUUUCGAGGAGCGAGCCUUCUACGGACAUAAGAGAUCGACACUCGCAUACUUUCUCGCUGUUACAUCCAACCCCGAUAAGAAGCUUCUCGGAGGUACGUCGACUUCACAGAUCAGCUGAUGAUAGCGUUCAAUUGAUGUCGAACGAAUAAAAUUAAUCUGACGAUGAUGAAGAUUCAGCAAGAUCAUGAUUUUAUUCAACAAAUUCGACUUGUUUUACAAAAGACGAAUUAUAUUUUCGGAUUUCGUCGAUCGAAAACGUGGAAGAAAGAAAAAGAAAAGAAAA